GAAGCUUCAGUUCUGCUUCUUCAAUUGAUAUGAUAUGAUAUGACAUAUUUAUUUCAUUUCACUUCAUUUUGAGUCGAGAUUCAUUCGAAUCCCAGUUCACACUUGACAACAUAUAAUGAACUUCUGAACUUACUACAUGGAAUAAUAACUCAUUGAUCGAGUACACAUCUCCACUCCCCAAUUUCAACAUCUCCAUCAAUCGCAUCACCACAACUUAAUGUCGUUCCAGCCCCAUACCUCAGCAAUCGAAGCAUGGAGGAGCUAUCCGGAUGUUGGCGCGAAGCCGCCCGCGCCGACGCCGUCGCCAUCGAACUCCUCAAAAUCCGCACCCAUCUAACCUCCUCACCCACCCCCCUUAUUUCCUCCUCCUCUCCCCAUCCACACUCCCCCUCCCUCUCCCACCCCGAUCCCCCCAGCAUCCCAGACCACGAAAUCAUCACGGCCAUCCUCCGCCACGUCGAGCAAUCAUCGCGUCUCCUGCGCGACCUGCACGAUCUCUUCCCGAUCUACAGAUUGCGCGUUCCCGUCGUCGUGUAUUAUUUGACCGUCAUUCUACCGUGUUUGCAAAAAACGCUGAGGGAUAUGCUGGCGUUUCUGCUUUGUGACGAUUGGUCCAUUCGGAUGAAGUGGAUGUUGAUGCAUGAACGCUUGAAUGAACAGGGGGGUAUGUCGUUGGCUUUACGGUUUGUUAUGUAUGUGGAUUUUCUGGUGCAGUGUGUGAGAUUGUUGAGUAGAUCUCCCACUUACGAUCCCACGACGCUGGAAUUGCUGCGCUUGAGAAUCUUAAGGCUGAGGGCUCUGAGAGGGAUUCCUGCACCUCCCAUCCCCGUACAGCCGCAUCUUGCUCCUGCACAGCCAAAUCUUAUGGAUAUUGAGAGACGUCACUGGGCGGAAAAAAUCUUUGAUGAUCAUGCGCAACCGCUUUCGCAAACACUUUUGAAACAUAGACGAGAAUCGAGAUGUUGGGGUCCAUCGAUGAAUCUUAUGAAAUUGGGUAUCCCUCCGCAAUCAAAAGUUUUGUUUAAAUUACCCUUUGACAAAAACCACCUUUCCGUAACCCUCUAUCUAGACGAUACAGCACUUCAUCAAUCCCCCCAUUUACUCUGUCGCUGGAUGGACAAACAAAAUAAUCCUCAUUAUUCUUCCUUUGGCGUUCAUGAGCUAUGUAUCCGCGGAUAUGGAAGUGCGUUGUGUUUCAAGAGGUGGAGUGAGUAUAAGGAACAUCCGACUGUUUGGAUGGCUCUAUUUUUCAAGACUUGGCAAAGAUUGGUGCUCUUCCACUGCUCAUUCGUGGCACUCAAAGCGCGUUCUCAACUCACAAAUCUGAUACCGAGAGAUGAUUACAUCAUUGCUGGGGAAGUAAAGAUUUUUCAAGGUCAAAUCGUAGACGAUGGAUUCCACCACUCUCUCUUCGUCUACGAAAAUCAACAAACCCAUACCCUCCGACUGCACGCCGCAGUUGCAAAUGGAGAAUUGAGAAAAUGUCCUAUCUGGACUGCUUUUAUAACAGAUUUUCAAGUCUCUUCUGAUACCUGGCUGGCCCGACAUUCGCGUCAUCGCGUUUGGAUCCAAGAUUUGCAUCUCUAUGUUUUUUGUGAUGAGUAUUCGAGACGUGCGCAGGUGAGGAAACAUGGAGAGUUUGAAUUGUAUUUUGUGCAUGGAGCUGCAGCAGAUGCAUUCAUACGAAUAUUCUACCCCCUAGAUUCAGACUCGGAAUCCGAGCGCGCGAUUGAAGAUUUGUCGAGGCCUGCAUCGGCUGGACUUCAAUAGGUACUCAUCUAGUAUAUGGGGUAAUCCAACAACCAAACCCGCUUUUGAUCUUGGUCUUGUGACGAAACGGAAUGGAGCGAAAAUUUCCGGACCUUUAGUACAUAAUUUUGAGGGGUAUCCAGCUUGAAUCCCACUGGGCUCUUAAUCUCGCUACGAGAUUCCCACCACUCUCGAUUUCUCGAUUUUUUUUGCCUUGCUCUCCCUUGAAAUGGUGGAUUAUGAAUAUGAUGGAUAUUGUAAUGCUAUACGUUUCCCCCCA